AAAAACAGAAGACGCAGGCGGCGUUCUGGAACCUUCUCUUUUACUCAUUUCCUCCUAUUGUCUUCCGCCCAUAUUAUUUACCUACUGCCGCAUCACCAAUAUAUAUACACCCCCACCCACCACACACACACAUAAACCCUAAGUUUCUCUUUUUCUCUAUCUCUCUCUCGUUAAUUAAUCUCUCCCGGAUCAAACAUGUCUUGCUACAGGGGCAAAUACGCUGAUGAGCUUAUCGCCAAUGCUGCCUACAUUGGAACCCCCGGAAAGGGUAUUCUUGCUGCUGAUGAGUCUACUGGUACAAUUGGCAAGCGUCUCUCCAGCAUUAAUGUUGAGAAUGUUGAGAACAACAGGAGGGCACUCCGUGAGCUUCUCUUCUGCACUCCUGGGUGCCUCCAGUACCUCAGCGGAGUAAUUCUUUUUGAGGAAACUCUUUAUCAGAGCACUGCUGCUGGCAAGCCUUUUGUUGAUGUCCUCAAGGAAGGAGGAGUUCUUCCCGGAAUUAAGGUGGACAAGGGUACAGUUGAGCUUGCUGGAACUAAUGGUGAGACAACUACCCAGGGUCUUGACGGUCUUGGUGCUCGUUGUGCUAAGUACUAUGAAGCUGGUGCCAGGUUUGCAAAAUGGCGUGCAGUGCUGAAGAUUGGUCCUAAUGAGCCCUCUCAGCUGGCUAUCAAUGAGAAUGCCAAUGGUUUGGCUCGUUAUGCCAUAAUCUGCCAGGAGAAUGGCUUGGUGCCAAUUGUUGAGCCUGAGAUUUUGGUCGAUGGACCUCAUGAUAUUAACAAGUGUGCUGAUGUGACCGAACGUGUACUUGCUGCUUGCUACAAGGCACUCAAUGAUCACAAAGUCCUGCUUGAAGGAACUCUCUUGAAACCCAACAUGGUUACCCCAGGUUCCGAUGCUGAAAAGGUUACCCCCGAGGUGAUUGCUGAGUACACUGUUCGUGCCCUUCAGCGAACUAUGCCUCCUGCUGUUCCUGCAGUUGUGUUUUUGUCUGGUGGCCAGAGUGAGGAGCAGGCAACUGUCAACCUCAAUGCCAUGAACAAGCUUCAGACGAAGAAGCCAUGGAGCCUGUCUUUCUCCUUUGGAAGGGCUCUUCAGCAGAGCACUCUUAAGGCUUGGGGAGGAAAAGAAGAAAACGUGAAAGCAGCUCAAGAGGCAUUCCUUACCAGAUGCAAGGCCAACUCUGAGGCAACCCUUGGGAAGUACCAGGGCAGCAGCACUUUGGUUGAGGGUGCCUCUGAGAGCCUUCACGUCAAGGACUACAAGUACUGAGUAUUUUGGGGUCUGCAAUUCCCCUUGUUUUAUGGAUUACAAGUUAGUAUUUGCAAGAGUUUUAUUUUCGGAUAUCUUGGAUUUUUAGUUUGGGUUAGUAUUUUCUUUUAUGAAAACUACAAAAAGACUUCAGAAUAAGCUUGUAACCCUCUAAACUUAUUUACUAUUGAGAUCUGUAAUCUGUUUUGGAUUAUUCUUAAUGUGUUGGGGCUUGGUUUUUCUGUUA